AUGGCGGCCGCUCGCAGCGACAUGGCGGAGCCGGAGGGGCUGCUUCCUGGUGAGGCGGCGGCCGCCGCGGCUGAGGAGGAGGAGGCUGGGGCUGGAUCCUCGUCGUCGCCUUCGUCCUCGGCGGCGGCGGCCGCGGCGGAGACUGAGUCCCUGCUGCUGAUGAACGGCGAGGCGGAGAGCAUGUCGGAGCCGAGCCCGGAGAGCGCUAGCCAGGCCGGGGACGGGGAGGACGAGGAUGAAGAGGAAGAGGAGGAGGAGGAGGAAGAGGAGGGCGGCGAAGAGGAGGAGAGCAGCCUGGUGGGGAGUAGCAGCACGAGCAGCGGCUGCUGCAGCGACGAGACCCGCUCGCUAAGCCCCGGCGGCAGCAGCGAGGCCGACGCCAAGGAGGAGCCCAAGGGCCCCCGGGGCAGCCAGGAGGACGGGCUGGGCCGCGGCGGUGGAGGAGGCGGCGGGGGGAGCAGCUCCAGCAGCGUGUCUAGCGGUGGCGACGAGGGCUACGGCACCGGCGGCGGCGGCGGCAGCAGCAGCGGCAGCAGCAGCUGCAGCGCCACGUCGGGGGGUCGGCGGGGCAGCCUGGAGAUGUCCUCGGACGGGGAGCCCCUCAGCCGCAUGGACUCGGAGGACAGCAUAAGUAGCACUAUUAUGGAUGUAGACAGCACAAUUUCUAGUGGACGUUCAACUCCAGUUAUGAUGAAUGGACAAGGAGUUCCUGCCUCCUCUGCAAAAAGCAUUGCUUAUAACUGUUGCUGGGACCACUGUCAUGCCUGCUUCAGCUCCAGCCCGGAUUUGGCAGAUCACAUUCGCUCCAUACAUGUGGAUGGUCAGCGAGGAGGGGUGUUUGUUUGCUUGUGGAAAGGUUGCAAAGUAUAUAAUACACCUUCAACAAGUCAAAGUUGGUUGCAGAGGCAUAUGCUGACACACAGUGGGGACAAACCUUUCAAGUGUGUAGUUGGUGGGUGCAAUGCCAGCUUUGCAUCUCAGGGAGGACUUGCCCGUCAUGUGCCCACACACUUCAGCCAGCAGAACUCUUCAAAAGUUGCCAGCCAGCCCAAGGCCAAAGAGGAAUCUCCAUCUAAAGCUGGAAUGAAUAAAAGAAGAAAGUUAAAAAACAAGAGACGACGAUCAUUACCAAGACCUCAUGACUUCUUUGAUGCACAAACACUGGAUGCUAUAAGACAUCGAGCCAUCUGCUUUAACCUCUCAGCACAUAUAGAAAGUUUAGGAAAAGGCCACAGUGUUGUAUUUCACAGUACUGUAAUAGCUAAAAGGAAAGAAGAUUCUGGAAAAAUAAAACUCUUGCUUCAUUGGACACCAGAGGACAUUCUGCCUGAUGUGUGGGUAAAUGAAAGUGAGCGACAUCAGUUAAAAACUAAAGUAGUUCAUUUAUCAAAGCUACCAAAAGAUACUGCCUUGCUUCUGGACCCAAACAUAUACAGAAAUUCUAGUAAAGGAGGUACAUACAGUGGAAUCCUGAAAGAUCACUUCUGUUAAGAUCACAUACUGAACAAUGCCACAGAAGAGGUU